AUGGAAGGAUUGAGCUUCUUUGCUGCGGUCAUAGGUGAGCAACAUUAUCUCGGUACUUGUUUUCCUCUCCCCCAUAAGUACUUUUGGAGAAUAGUGACAAAUAGAUCCACAAUAGAGUUUGAGAGUCUUCCUUACAUUUGCACAUUACUGAACUCAUCUCUAUGGACUUACUAUGGAAUCACAAAGCUUGGAGUAUUACCUGUAGCCAUUGUCAAUGGAUUUGGUAUCGUCGUCGAAACUGUCUGCAUCGCCCUGUUCCUUACAUUUGCACCUGAAAAGAUGAAGGUAACAUCUCCGAUCUCAUUUGACACAUAA